AUGACUCCUCUUUCGUUCCUCAGCUUUCUACUACCUUCCUCGUCCCAGCCCAAUAUUCCCUCCAUUCCAGUCUCUUUAUUGUCAACAACCAUGACCAACAAAAUUGAACUCUUCCCAAAAAUCGGGGACAUCGCUGAUCAGGCGGACAAAAUCGAUCUCAACGAGGAGACAACGAUAGAAAAAGAGAACGGUCAAGCAGACAACGAAGAAAAGGUCGUGCAGGAGAUAGAGUCGCUAUGCAUGAAGUGUGGAGAACAGGGCACUACGAGGCUCAUGCUCACCUCGAUACCGUUCUUCCGCGAAGUUAUUGUUAUGUCCUUCAAAUGUGAGCAUUGCGGGGCGUCGAAUAACGAGAUACAGUCUGCUGGUACUAUCCGACCCGGAGGCUCCCUAUACACAGCUAAAAUCCUCGAUCGCGCGGAUCUCAAUCGUCAGAUCGUGCGUUCCGCGUCAUGCGAGAUCGUCAUCCCUGAGGUUGACCUGACGCUCCCACCAACAUCCCGCGGGCAGCUCACAACAGUCGAAGGUCUCAUCCGCGACGUUGUCGCCGAUCUGAGCCUGGACCAGCCCCUGCGACGUAUCCAGAACGAGGAGGGGUAUAAGAAGAUCCAAAGGGUCGUAGACAAGCUGAAGGCGAUCCUCGGAGACGACGAGGACGAAGAUGACGCUGAUAAUCCCCAUGAGAAGAACACCAGCAAGGCAGCGGACAAGGACGUCCCAAUGCCGGCGUUCACUGUGCGACUCGACGAUCCGGCGGGCAACAGCUUCAUCGAGUUCAUGGGGAGCAUGGCGGACCCCAAGUGGAAUAUGCGGACGUACCCUAGGACGCUUGAGCAGAACGUCGCUCUAGGGCUGGUCGCGCGGGACGACGAGGAAGCGGCAAGGGUGAAGGCGGUGAAGCAAGUGAUAACGGGUGAGAUAGACGAGAAUGUACCGAUUACGGAUGACGAGAUCUUCGUGUUCCCUGGGGUGUGCUCGAGUUGUGGGCACCCGAUAGAAACGCAUAUGAAGAAAGUGAACAUCCCAUACUUCAAGGAUAUCUGGAUCAUGUCGACAAAUUGCGAGCACUGUGGGUACAGAGACAACGAAGUCAAGUCCGGCUCCGCCAUCUCGGAGAAAGGGAAGAAGAUCACACUGAAAUGUGAAGAUCGUGAGGACCUAAGUCGAGAUAUCCUCAAGAGUGAAACCGCCGGCAUGACAAUACCUGAAAUUGAGCUUGUACUGACCAACGGAACCCUCGGCGGUCGAUUCACCACCGUCGAGGGCAUCCUCGACCAAAUAUACGAAGAGCUCGCAGAGAAGGCCUUUGUCUCUGGUGAUUCCACCGAGACAGAGGAGAGGAUCAAGUUCGAGAAGUUCCUGUCAGGGUUGAAGGCGGUCAAAAACGCUGAACACCCGUUCACAAUCAUCCUGGACGACCCGCUCGCCAACUCAUAUAUCCAAAACCUGUACGCGCCGGAUCCGGAUCCGAACAUGACAAUUGAGCUAUACGAGCGAACGUUUGAGCAGAACGAGGAGCUUGGAUUGAAUGAUAUCAAGGUGGAGGGAUACGAGCAGGACGCCCCGGACACCAUGGAAGUGCCCAAGGGAGAAGAGGCCAAGGUGGAAGAGGCCAAAGACCAAUAA